AUGCAUUUUGCCCUCCGCCUAAGCUUUCUCCUGGCUGUGCUCUUCAGCCUUACAGGAAGGCUCCAGAUUGAAGUUCAGCAAACUGAUGACGCCAACACCCAGCUUGAAAUCGCAGAUGAAGUCAUCGAAAUUUAUAAUAAAUACAAGGCCCAGCAGGGAUCAGAUGUGGCAAAAGAAGCUCAACUGAAUACACAAGUCAAUGACUUUAAAGGAGGGAUUGUGCUCGUCGAUGGAGUACCAGUCCAAGGCGUUCAGAGCAUAGCCGACAAGCUUAUGGAUUAA